AUGGCAAUGAUAUCUACAUGGGCGUUUGUUUUGCUGGUGUUAGCGAGCUUGGUGUCAUGUCAACGACCCUCGUUCGCUGGGUUCAGACCGAUUGGUUAUCCAGCGGUAGAAAAGCCCAGCAACGACGAUUUGGGCAACAGAUUCGGCGAAGACGGCCAACCGUUGCCAUUACCAGUAGAAGCCAACGGGGACCGAGACCUGGUAAACAGAAUCAGCAAACUGCCAGUAGACAAACAACCGUUCUGGUACAUCAAUUGGAAAGCUCUAGAAGAGAACAGACGCAACCCGCAGACAUACGAACUGAGGCCAAAUGUGUUUGUGGACCCGUUAGCAUCUAAUGCUGCUGCAAACCAAGCCAAUACCUUCAACCAAGGCAGUUCAACUAUUAACCAAGCAGUACCUACCACUGCACCGGUUAAUACUCAAGCAACGAACGACUUGAAUUCAAGAUUCAACACCGAUUCCAGUCAGUCAUCACAAUCCCAAGAACAGCAAUAUUAUCAGUACGUAGGAAGUAGAAAUACUCAUCGACACUAUUAA